GCAGGUCUCAUCACCAGCAGCCAGUCCGCCGCCUACGCCAUCAGCAAGUUCGUCAGCGGCGUCCUCUCCGACCAGAUGAGCGCCCGCUGGCUCUUCUCCUCCGGCCUCCUGAUGGUGGGCCUGGUCAACGUGGUCUUCUCCUGGAGCUCCACGGUCGCGGCCUUCGCCGGGCUCUGGUUCCUCAACGGCUUGGCCCAGGGGCUGGGCUGGCCGCCCUGCGGGAAGAUACUGCGCAAGUGGUUUGAGCCUUCCCAGUUUGGGACUUGGUGGGCAGUCCUGUCUACAAGCAUGAACUUGGCUGGAGGCUUAGGCCCCAUUGUCGCUGCUCUCGUGUCUCUGAACUACGAUUGGCGCAUGACUUUGUCCUUCUCUGGCUUCAUCUGCGUGGUUGUCUCUUUUGUUUGCCUUGUCCUGAUUAAAAACGAGCCGUCGGAUGUUGGGCUACCCAACAUUGAACAAGGAGCCAAGAAAGGCAAGAAAGGUUCCUCCAGCGACAACAGCACUUUGACAGAGCUGCUGCUCUCGCCGUACCUCUGGGUACUCUCAACGGGCUACCUGGUCGUUUUUGGAGUGAAAACGUGCUGUACCGACUGGGGACAGCUCUUCCUGAUCCAGGAGAGGGGACAGUCCAUGCUUGUGGGUAGUUCCUACAUGAGUGCCUUGGAGAUCGGGGGUCUGGUGGGAAGCAUUGCUGCUGGAUACCUUUCUGACAGAGCAGUAGCAAGAGUGGGUCUGUCAAGCUACGGGAAUCCUCGGCACACGCUGCUGCUUUCCAUGAUGGCUGGGAUGUGCGUGUCCAUGUUUCUCUUCCGCGUCACGGUGACAGGCGAUUCCCCCAAGCUGUGGAUCCUGACGCUGGGAGCUGUGUUUGGGUUCUCCUCCUAUGGGCCGAUCGCCCUGUUUGGAGUUAUAGCCAACGAAAGUGCCCCUGCCAACCUGUGCGGCACCUCCCACGCCAUAGUGGCCCUCAUGGCCAAUGUUGGGGGUUUUCUGGCUGGACUACCCUUCAGUACCAUCGCCAAGCACUACAGCUGGGCCACGGCCUUCUGGGUAGCCGAAAUCACCUGUACCGGUAGCACGGUGGCUUUCUUCUUACUGCGGAACAUCCGCACCAAAAUGGGCCGGAUUCCCAGGAAGGCUGACUGAGGAGGAGCUGUUUGGUGAAAAGAACGCUCCCGUGCUGCUGUGAAUGAUGCUCGGUUUUUUGUUUAACUGGCCUAGGAGCGAGUUUACUUAUUGCUGCAACCUAGAUAAAAGUAUCUUGAUUUCUCGUCCACUGUCAAGUGCGUGAGGGCACAAGGUUCCUGCUACCGAUCACUUUUUCUCUCGAGAUAAUUCAGCUAGUUUACAUUCACAAUGAUUUUGCUGUACCUCCUUCUCACAGCACUGUUGGGGAAGCCAGCGGGCUUCGCAGCCUGAGCUUCCCCACUACCAGUGCUCUAAAAUGACUGGCUUUGGGUGCUGUCAUGUUUAGUUUUGUCCUUUCUGUUUGUCUCAGCUAUUAACUGGCAAUUCAGCCUCGUUGUCCAGGGGUGCUAAAGCGAGCCUUUGCCGCGUUCGUUCAUCCCCUCCGGCCACUGCAAGCGCAGCCAUCUGGCUUUCCUUAGGCCUGAGCUCCCUGCGCGCUCUCGGCAGAGCAGUGAGUGGUGAUCGUUAACGGUUCAGCCUCGUGGCUGAUUUGAGAGCAGCGCAGCUUUAGCUUUACCCGGGAUUAGGUGUUAGGAGCGAGGGUGGUAUUUUGCUCUGGACGAACGGAACGCUGACACGGUGCUGCGGCAGGGCUCUCUGCGGCACUCCAAAACAGGCAGGUUUCCGAGAAAUUCUUGCCGCUUCAGGGGAGACGGUUCAGAGAAGCUCCUUCUGUUGAACCGAUCCCGACCAGUGCGAUUUCUGUGUACAGUGUUAAUGAUUUGCAAGGGAGGCAGCUGCUGCCAGGUCAGCUCAUAACAAGCGCCCUGCAAAUCAACCAGGAAAACCGACCUGGCAGCAGGUAUUGCGACAGCAGCUACUGCCGGCCCACAACUUCUGCAGCUGGGUUUCGUGAAAGCCCGUAUUUUUAGCAUCAGCUUGUAUUUUUUUCAGCGCAAGGUGCGUCAUCUGGGAUGUUUUCGGUCAAGACCUGCAUCUCUCAUGGCUGCGGGCAGGGGCUUGGGCUACCUCUGAGAGUCGGCCUUAGCAGAGCCACCGCCGACAGCCAGCGCCUUGAGCAGUCAGGCCCAGCACUCUGCAGUAAGGUUUUUGACCAGGCUUCUGUUGAAUAUUCUUGGUUUUCCCCGAAAGGAUAUACUGCUUGAGGGUCCGGGAAGAGGCAAGUUCAACUCGUGAAGGACCCGUGGGCAGGUACUUUGCCAAACAGCUUGGUUGCGAGCAGGUAGCCAGCCUUAAUUAAAACAAUGGAAGUGAAUGACAUUUUGUACUUAAUUGUAUGAUCAUCUCCUAUCUGUGAAAUAAAAACAGAGCAGUGUCACAAGGGCUCUGGUUUUCUUACGGAG